AUGCACGUUCUUUCGACCCUCCUGCCCGUUGUUGGCUUGUUGUCCCAGCUCAGUGCUGCCAAGUAUAGCCUCAAGGAUGACUAUGGUAGCACCGACUCGUUCUUUGACAAGUUCAACUUCUUCACAGACACCGACCCAACCAAUGGCUAUGUCAGCUACGUCGACCGCAACACCGCCUCCAGCGGUGGUCUGAUCAACGCCUCCAGCAGCAACGGCGUCUACAUCGGUGUUGACCACUCCAACACCGCCAGCAAGCCUGGCCGUCAAUCUGUCCGCCUGGAGAGCACCAACACCUACACCCACGGUCUCGUCAUCCUCGACUUAGCCCACAUGCCCGGCAGCGUCUGCGGCAGCUGGCCUGCCUUUUGGAUGCUGGGCUCCGACUGGCCCAAGAACGGCGAGAUCGACAUCAUCGAGGGCGUCAACGACCAAUCUUCCAACCAGAUGACCCUGCACACCAGCUCCGACUGCUCGAUCUCCAACUCUGGUUUCACAGGCACCAUCAGCACGGACGACUGCUACGUCGAUGCCUCUGGCCAAACUGUUAACGCAGGCUGCGCCAUCGAUAACGGUAACUCGGAGUCAUUCGGUUCGGGCUUUAACAAUGCUGGCGGCGGCGUCUACGCCACUGAGUGGACUGGCUCUGCUAUCAACGUCUGGCAUUUCCCCUCUUACUCCGUUCCCUCGGAUAUCUCCUCUGGAAACCCCGUCCCUUCAAACUGGGGAACGCCCGCUGCUCGGUUCGCCGGAUCUUGUGACAUCGACUCGCACUUCAACAACUUGCAAAUAGUCUUCGAUAUCACCUUCUGCGGCGAUUGGGCUGGUGAAUCGUCCGUCUGGAGCUCGGGAAGCUGCGCUUCCAAGGCUGAUACCUGCAACUCCUAUGUUCAGAACAACCCCUCUGCCUUUGAGGAGACCUACUGGCGUGUCAAUUCGCUCAAGGUUUAUCAGGAGUCUAGUUUGCUGGAUGUUGAUGUCGGCAUUGAUAUCAAUGUCGAUAUUGAUAUUGAUGGAAAGUCGAAUUCGAAGUCCUCCAAGUCUGACUCCAAGUCUGACUCCAAGUCGGAUUCCAAGUCGAAUUCGAAGUCUGACUCCAAGUCUGACUCCAAGUCGGAUUCCAAGUCGAGUUCGAAGUCUGACUCCAAGUCUGACUCCAAGUCGGAUUCCAAGUCGAGUUCCAAGUCUGACUCCAAGAAGUCUUCGUCGAAACAGUCGACUCGCGAUACCGCCCCCUACGUCCGUCCCGGACCCCGUCCUUCAACCAAGCACCGUCGCGACCACUACCGUCGCGGUCACGGUCACGGCCACGUCCACGCCUAG